AUGGAAGAGGAAUCAGAAAUAGAAGGAAAAAUUGAAGAAGUAAUUGUGGAUACAAAUGGGACGAAAAGUGAAGAAAAAAAAUCGAAAAAGAAGGGUAAAUUUCAAAUGGAUAAAUGCAUGAAAGAUAAGUGGACCUGCGAGGAGAAUGCAUUAUGGCGUAUUUAUAUGAAAACAUAUAUAGAAAGGGAGGAACAAUUAGAGAGGGAGGACAAAUUCAAGCAUAGGAAGGCAGGGAAACUUCCGAAAUUACCUCGUAUAAAGUCGGUAGAAGAGAUAGGAACACCAUACAAAUGCAUGCCAUUAAAUGCUUUUCAAUUCGAAGCUGAAACCGUGCUACCCGAUAAGCUAGAACGUUCAAAGAUGAUCCGAAUUUGGAGAAAUAUGCGUGGGGAUCGUACGGCUAAUAUACAAGAUUCAUUGAUCGGAGUUAAAUCAUUAGGAUCAAAAACGGAUAACGAAAGAUGGCCUAGUGUGUGGCCAUGCGAUACGCGUGAUUUUUUCACGGAAAUAGAUGAACGCGAUAGAUUGGAAGAAAAUAAAAGGAAGGAUAUAUUUCCUUGCGAUAAAAUUGAAAAAAAUAUUGGAGAAAAAUUGACGCGUCGAUUGAAAGAGGAUUUUGCUAUGAGAAAAGAAUUGGGACACGCGAGAUUACCACCGAUUUGUUCUCCUAAAUUAAACAAAUUUUAUGUUGAUCGUGACGCCGGUGAAAGGCCUGGUUUAGUCGAUGGCGAUUAUGUCAUUUUUCAAUUAUCCUCGAAGAAAAAAGGUGUCAGAGUAUACGCCGAUGUGUGUCUUCGUGGAUUGAAGGGAAUGCAUUUGGUGGAAUUAGGAUCUUCUCGAGAUCGUCAAAAAACGUGGAAAUUUUGUUUCUACCAAGCUGUCGUUGCACUUUUAGCGAAAACUCAAUUGAGAUAUAAGUACGCUUGGAGCGUGAACAUCGAUUAUAUUUACGACCACGCCUGGAUGCUCUUCACCCAUAUCGGUUCCAUCAAUAUCAAGGACAAGCAAAGGUUGGACGAUAUCAUUGUAUAUAAUUAUAAGUAUAGCGUUGAAAUAGAAUUGAUUCAAGAAAUGAACGAUUUACCAAUGAUAACUACGAUCGAUUGGGAAUUUGAAGAAAAUAAUUUCAAAAGGAAAGAAUUGUUGAACAGAAAGGAAUUGAUGAACGUCAAAUUAGAAAUAGGUUCGGAAAAAAUUGUCGACGAAUAUAAAGGACCUGUUCACAAGGCAACGAAAAAUAUUGAAGAAUGGUUCGACAAAUUGCCGAUACAAUAUCGUAAUUGUAUAUUUCGUACGACCAAAUAUUCAUUGGCAUUUUGGCAAGAUGGUCUUUUCUGGUAUUUGUAUAAUCCUUAUAGAUGCGAUGAAUUUGGUUAUUGGAACGACGAUGGUUACGCUUGUAUCAUGAAAUUUUGUACGAGACAAUCAUUGAAAAGGCAUUUAAUCGUAUUGUUACUUCGCGCGUAUGUUUAUGAUAUUCCGAAAUCAAAAAAAACUGAAUCCAAAACCGAAUCCAAAACUGAAUCCAAAACUGAAUCCAAAAAAGACGUAUUUACGAUUCAAAUCUAUCAAAUGAUUUAUCACUGCUGCCAAUUAAACAAUCUUAAAUUACUCGAACGCAAAGCAAAAGUAGCAACGCAUCGUGUAAAAAGAAAAACAAUCGACGAUUGUCCAUUCGAUCCAUUGGAUUGGAGAGAUCCAUGUACGAUCGAGCAAGAAGAAGGUGAUGUUAAAGAUGAAAUAGAAAAACCAACGUGGUUAAAAUUAUUUAAGAUGUCUUGGGCUAAAUGCGGACCGUCGGCAAGGAAAAAAUCAUCCGGCAAAGAUGUUGGAUCAAUUCCAAGAAUGCGUUGGCAUCAGUAUCAAGUCGAAGAAUCAAACAAAUUAUUUUCCUUAUGGGGUGAACUUCACAUAACCGACGGUAUGUUCGAUAGAGAGAACCGUGGCUUCCAGGCUUACGCUUGUUACGUUGUUUGCGCUGGUAUGACAAGGAUUAUGGCACCGGAAUAUUGGAGUUCUAAGACUCUCGAUGUAAUAAUCAUGUGCGGUGACAGAUAUUACACAUUAAGCAAAUUGGAAGCUGAAUUUAAAUCAACUAAACCAGAAUACAGUCAUGUCAGUUGUUGGGACAGAUAUCUAAUGAGUCAUUUCAAAAUAGGUGAUACAAUGUUCGAAGCUAAUGUUUUACCAGCCAUUUGUGGUAGACUUUAUACUAAAAAUAACAAACAUCUUUGGCAAUCUUUAGAACAAAUGUUUAUGAAAUAUCACUUUGGGAUAUUGACUUGCGAAAGUUAUUGUCUCGGUGUGUUCAAAUUUUGCGGUGCUUAUUACAUGUGCGACGUUAAUUCAUUCGGGCCACCGUUGUUUCAAUACGGCGAAGGUGCAGCUUAUUUAUUAAGAGCAACAUAUUUUUAUAAAUUCAUGAUCGUUCUUAUCCUAACUAUAAGCUCACCAGAAUGCAGUAGAUUUUCUCUUAAUCCGAUUGAGAUACUCAAAGUUGUUGACAUUAAUACUACAGGACCUGCCGAUUUACCUAUCGGCAAACCGAAAAGAACUGAUUACAGGGGUAAGAGAAAUAAAAUUGUAUGUCCUUAUGACGAGGAUAAAAAAAGACAAAUGAGAAAAUGGAAGAUUAGAAGAGCGGAAGAAAGGAAAACUAUCGAUAAAACGUGCUGUAAGACUGAAGAUGAUGCUUGA